AGCCGGCAGCGCUCGGCAGAUACGCCCCUCUAUAUAAAACGAUGCAGCAGUGGCCGCCUUGACAGCCCCUGCCCAGAAGUACUUCUGGAUCAGGCUAGGCAGGGCUGGGUUGGACUGGGCUGGACUGGGCAGCGCGGAGCGGAGGGGAGCGGAGCCACCCCUGCGCCGGGUCGGUCCCGGGCAAUGAUCGAUGCAGGGGAGCAGCCUCCUCUGCCCGGUGCCCGUGUGAGGGGGCGAGCCCAGAGUCCCCGCUGCUCAUUGCACAACCACCGCGGCCAGCUCAGCAGCCGGAGCCGCCGCUGCCACCGCAGCGCGGGACCCCUGGAACCUUGGAGGGUGUCCCUUCGGUACCCAAGAGUUACUUUGCAAGGCUCUAUCUGCUCCAGCGCCGGUAACUGACAAGCCGCGGGCGCCCCAGGCAGUGAGUGCAGCCCAGCCCCCAGUAGGGGCUUUGCCAGCGCUCCUACUUGGUCCCCUGCCUCAGAGCCAGCUGUGUUCCCUCAAGGUUACUGUCAUCACCUUCUGGACUAAAAGAAAUCAUCGGAUGAUUACGGUGCAGGAGUGUUGAUGUAUCAGAAGCCAGCUUUUUUUUGCCUUCUGGGAUCAUAUAUCAUAGAAGCAGUUUGCCAUAAUAGAUCAAGGUAUCUGAGAGUUGGGGUUCAAAUCCUGCCUCCAUCAUAGCUGUCACAGCUUUCCACUAACCAUGGGCAAGAAAUCUACACUUUGAUUCCUAACACCUUCCGCCAGGGGACUUUAAAUUAUAGAUGAAGCUGGCAUAGCACCUGAAACUGAUCUACCACCUAGAAGGUCAAAAUGAAUCUAAAUUCUUCCACCCAAGAGACUAUUAAAAGAAUCCAAGAUGACUGCCCCAAAUCAGGAAGACAUAGCUAUAUAUUCAUUAUGGUUCCCACUUUAUACAGCAUCAUCUUUGUUGUGGGAAUCUUUGGCAAUAGCUUGGUGGUUAUCGUCAUUUACUUCUACAUGAAACUGAAGACAGUAGCCAGCGUUUUCCUAAUGAAUUUGGCUCUGGCUGACUUGUGUUUCUUAAUGACUUUGCCACUCUGGGCUGUCUACACUGCCAUGGAAUACCGCUGGCCUUUUGGGAACUGCUUGUGUAAGAUUGCAUCUGCCGGCAUCAGUUUUAAUCUCUAUGCCAGCGUAUUUCUUCUCACCUCCCUGAGCAUCGACCGCUACCUGGCUAUUGUACAUCCGAUGAAGUCCCGCCUUCGGCGCACCAUGCUCAUGGCCAAAGUGACAUGUAUCGUGAUUUGGCUGCUCGCCGGGUUGGCCAGCCUGCCUGUUGUAAUUCAUCGCAACGUUUUUUUCAUCGAGAAUACAAAUAUCACGGUCUGUGCUUUUUACUACAAAACCCACAACUCCACCCUGCUGGUGGGGCUGGGCCUAAGCAAAAACAUUUUGGGCUUCUUGAUUCCUUUUCUGGUGAUUCUGACAAGCUAUACUCUGAUUUGGAAGACCCUGAAAAAGGCUUAUGAGAUUCAGAAAAACAGGCCAAGAAAUGAUGACAUUUUCAGGAUCAUUAUGGCAAUAGUCCUCUUCUUUUUCUUUUCCUGGAUUCCGCACCAGAUAUUCACAUUUCUGGAUGUCCUGAUUCAGCUGGGCAUCAUAAAGGACUGCAAAACCAUAGAUAUUGUGGAUACGGCAAUGCCCAUAACCAUCUGCAUAGCCUAUUUUAACAACUGCCUGAAUCCCCUCUUUUAUGGCUUUUUGGGAAAGAAGUUUAAAAAAUAUUUUCUUCAGCUCCUGAAAUACAUACCACCCAGUUUCAGAUCUCAAACGACAAAAAUGAGCUCCCUUUCCUAUCGGACAUCAGAUAACUUAAGCUUAUCUGCCAAAAAGUCCAUCGCGUGUUUUGAGGUUGAGUGAUAGGCUUGAAACAUGGUGCUGGAGUGAUCAUAUGAGCAAAACUAAAAAAAAAAAGUCAAGGGUUUACGUCCUUGGGUAGUACUCUGCAUCUUUAUUGAACAUUGGCAGUUUUCCCAACUCUGAUGAAAACAUGCAACAUGUUGAUUGACAUGAACAGCCUUUCUAAACCUCUGAACAAAAUUCUUCAUUCCUUCUACAACAAACAAAAAAACUUGAGAGACAGCAUGGCAUUGAUGAUAGAAUACUGGACUUUGUGUUAAAAAGACCUGAGUUCUAAUCCUGCUUUAGUCACUUACUAGCUGCAUGGCCCUGGGAAAAUCAUUUGAUCUUUCUGACCCUCUGGUUCCUUGUCCAAAAAUGAGGUAGUUGGCUGUCCAACUGCAAGGUCCCUUCCGUCUCUAAAUCUUUGACCUAAUGAAAUUUAAAGCUUCUCAAGCCAAGCUGAACACCAUUUUCCAGAGGGUAGAAGACUGGAUAUUGUAGAAAGAUGUCAAAAUAUGAGUCAGCCCUGCAUUAACUUUUUAAAAUUCUGGCGGCAAAAUGAGAUUCUUCUCUGUCUCCUUUUUCUAUAUUCUUUUGGGGUCCCCUAUACCUUGCUUUUAUUAUUAUAGGGAACUUUUAGCAUGAAAACUCCCUCUACCAGUGUAGAUGAGUGACUUGUCUGUAACUCAAGAGUUUUUGAGAGUUCCUUGGGAGCAGUUAGAAGUGACUUGCUCCUGAGUCAGAGGCCCUGCCCUCUCUCAACUAUAAUAUUCCCCAAAGAAUGCAAAUGAGACUUGGAAUAGGCUGUGAGGCUUCAAAAGACCCAAGCAGGAGAGGAGAGCAGGGUUACAUUGCCACACUCAAUUUCCAAAGUGCGAUAUUUGGGUUCUUGUUCGGGUUAAGUAGCAUCUAGAGUUGAUUUGUAAGUGGAACGCCAAAUUUUCUUUUCAAGGCUCAGAAAUCUUUUGUGAAGAUCAGCUGGUGUGUCUUGAAGAUUUGUCACUGCCAAUGAAAUUUUAGCUAAACUACAUCUUUGUGUAAAAAUGUGGUACAGUGUUCAUAUGCAAAAGAUAAACUACUCAUGUGUAUUAAAGUAUUACUCUGGUCCUGAACAGAAAGUGACUGUGUUCCCUGUAAUACUUGUUUUCUUUUGUAUCUAAAAAUAAAAAUGAGAAAUCUGUCCCUUCUGACACAAAUACCAUGUCCCUUUCAAAACCUAAGUGUUUCUGUCUGCAUGCUUAACUGUUUGCUGUUGUUCAGUUAAAAUAUGACAAAGCUAUGACUACCAUAAAAUGGAACAAUUUUAGUUUCAUGUAUUUUAUUUUUAUUAUUUUAAUAUAUUCAUUUUUGGAGUUAAACACAACUGUGAAUAAGUAUGUACAUAAUUUGCACUUAAUUAUAUCCAUAUUAAUGUAGCUUAUUGGUAACUUGGCAACUGCCAUAUAUAUGUGCUUUCAUGUGAAUGUGUAUAAACACAUAUGUACUUAUACACGCAAGCAUAUACCAUCAUUAGAAAGCUUUAGACAGUAGCCGGUUAUUUACACUGGAAAAUAGGAGCACCAACGUAUACCUUCUUGAAUAUUCUAAAUAGUUUUCAUGUAACACGUAAAACUAUCUUCUAGUGUUAAAAUGUUAAAUUUCUCUGCUAUUCAGAUUGUUUCCUUAUGUCUGUUCUAAAAAAAAGUAGCAUUUGGUGACCAAAUAUUGGAAUAUAACAUUUUCUUUCUUUAAUAAAAAAACAUUGUCAAAAACUAA